AUGGGCUCCAAGAUGGUUGAAAUUCCGUCAACCGCAAACAGCGAUAUGGAUUAUAAGGGCCCUCCUGACCUGAUUACAACAAAGAAUAGCGCAGCCCGCUUCGUUUAUGGGACUGUGGGCGGAACAAGUUCUGUGACCUCGGGAGACUUGGUGUUUGUGGAUGAUUUUGAUGCCUUUGUCCCGAGAGACCAGGUCCCCGACCGAACGAAGUGUUUCGUGAAGUCGAAGAAACACAUGCAGCUUUUCCAAGAUACACUGAAGAAGUUCAUUCAGAAUAUGGAAACGCGGCAGGCAUUCAGAAGGCUUGGUGUCGAUCUUCAAGAUCCGGCGCGUUGUGAUCUCGAAUACGUCUUCGACGUAGCAAAGAUUGCUGUCGAGAAACGGGAUGGCACAGGUAACCUGCGGGCUUGCAAAGAGUUCGCCCGCAGUUGCCUCAAGAACGCAAACAGGCGAGACACGGCUCUGGGUGCAAUCAUGUCCAUGAUCCCUGGAGACAUCUAUGGUUCCGUCCUCUCUGGUGGCGUCAUGACAAUUUUGGCAGUGAGUCACUCAAAUAGGCCACAAUCAGGCUGGGUUGCCGAUGUGCAUGAGAAACGAAGGCAAGCCGUUGAAGACGCUCUGGCUUAUAUACCCAAAAAGCUGGCCAUGGUUCAGAGACUCUCCGAUGUUCACAUGAAAUCAGAACUCCUCCACGAGAGAGCUGAUGGAGUCUUGGUUGCUAUCUUUGUUGUCCUAGAAGAGAUUGUCAAUGAUUUGACAAUGGAUUGGACAGCCAAGAUGAAAUCAAAGAUGAAGUUCGGGGCCGAGGAUCGGAUCUCCAAUGCGUUGUCCUCUCUGGACGAGAGUUUGUCCGAGUUCGAGGCAGAGUUGAACAUUUGUACCCAGCAUCGGUUCGGUCGGAUGCAUGAAGCAAUAAUCGCUCAAGGAGAGAACAUCCAGAAAUUUCUAGACAUGGCGAAUGCCUUUGCCGCAAAUCUCAGUGAAAAAACUUCCGACACGGCAGUUCAACAGUUCUUGGAGAAGCAGUUUCUUAACGCCUUGACGAUUUAUUGCGCUAGCGACUCGAACUUCAACACAAUCAACGGCGGGCGUAAGUCGGACUCGAAUGCUGGCUUUUCAGACAAACAUGUACUAAACAUCAAUGCAGUCCGACUACCGCCGAUUUCAGCCGUUCAACCGACCCAGGACAGUGAGGGAGGAGAUGGACAGGUAAACGACACCAGUGAUGUUUUGCAGAAAAACAGACAGAUCGUCGACCAAUGGCUCGAAUCAAUCGGGGAAUUCGAUCCCAGCUCAGAGACACACAUCAAAGAAUGCAUUCGCGCCGGUCUCGGCCAACUGACGCACGAUGACCGAGAAAAGAGCGAGUGGAUCAUGUCUUCUGAUGAAUUUCGUGAUUGGAUGCGCCUCGACAAGUCGAAUAUUCUCAGUAUCAGAGCCGAAGAGGCGCCAGAUGGCUUGUUUCACCCUUUCUCCUUCACAGCUGCUCUGGUCAGCGAGAUACUCCAGAAGUCGACUGGCUACCCUGUCUUGUCCUUCUUCUGCGGCUUGCGGACAAACGGCACGUUUGACAGCGUACUAGGCGGUCCCAUCGCAGUCCUUAAGAGUCUUAAUGGCCAGCUCUUACAAUUCUGCCUCCGCGAGCGGCCAGGAGUCGACUUGUCCUCACUCGAACAACGAAAAAGAAAGCUGCUAAAAAAGUCUACGAAGAGAGCGGAAUACGGCGUGAGGCUUUUCCGCGGUCUGCUCGAGUCACUAGAAGACAAGGAUGCUGUGUACGUGAUCCUUGACUCCUGGUCGCGGUUGCUCGGGCCGAGGGAGGAAGCAGAUGAUGUGAUCAUGGGGCUGUGUCAGACAGUCAAAGACUUGCCCAACCUGGUGAUCAAGCUGCUCGUACUCGACGCCCUUCCUUCGGAUCCCGUGCACGAGUUGGCACAUUCGUUGCUGUACGUCCCCGAGGAGAUCGACGGUUGGAAAAACGACGUACAAUUAAGCCAGUUGGAGCAAAACAAUCUGGACCUAGUCAAGGAGCUCGAAGAAACACGCCGCAGGGAAAGCGAGGACUUGGCCGAGUCGGAUUCGGAAGACUCGGACGACAGCGGGUAG